AUGGCCGUCAAGGACUACGUAGACGGACUCCUCCGGUCUCAUAAAGUCGUUGUAUUCAGCAAAUCCUAUUGCCCCUAUUGUCACAAGGCAAAAGCUGCAUUGGAAUCGCAACAUUUAAAGCCGGGAGCUUUAGAAUGGGUAGAAAUUGAUGGGCGACCUGACUGUGGAGAAAUUCAAGAUUAUCUCCAGGUUUGUGUUAUUUCUGGCAACAUUUGUUUACUUCUUGAGCACGAUAAUUUGUGA